GUCUUUUUUCUUUCUUCAGUAACGGAAAAAAUGGUUUCCGACUUGGACCUCGUGACCCGACUCCGUGAGAUUCUCGGUAGCUCCGACCUAAACACGGCGACUCCGGCUAGCGUCCGUCGUCAGCUGGAGGCGGAUUUCGGUAUCGACUUGACCGAUAAAAAAGCCUAUAUUAGGGAUCAAAUCGAUACUUUCCUCGAGAGCAAUGGCGCUGUAGAAGACAAACCUGAGAGCUCUAAGGCAGAAGAAGACAUUAAUGCCGACGAAAUCAAGGCGGAAAUUGAAGGAGGCGAUGGAGAAGACCUCGACGGAGAUGGAAGUGAAAGUGAGGAAGAGAAGGAACAACGGCCAGUAAAGGCCAAGAAACGAGGUGGUGGCUUUACCAAAGUAUCUCAGUUAUCUCCACAACUUGAGAAGGUUGUUGGAGCAUCUCAGUUAGGUCGAACCGAGGUUGUGAAGAAAAUGUGGGCCUAUAUCCGAGAGAAGGAUUUGCAAGACCCAAAGGACAGGAGGAAGAUAGUGUGUGACGAGUUGCUGCAUUCGUUGUUCCGUGUAAAGACCAUUAAUAUGUUUCAAAUGAGCAAGGCAUUAACCAAGCAUAUUUGGCCCUUAGGUGAUGGAGAUGGGUGUGCUAACAAUGUGAAAGAAGAAGAUGAAGUAGUAGAAGAUGAAGAUGAGGCAUCAGAGGGAACAGAUAAGAAAAGGGAGCAAAGCGAAGAAGUGGAAGAGAAUAAGGAAGAAGAAAGUGAAGAGGAGGAAGUUAGGAGUUUGCGGAAACGCAAGAGAAAAAAGCCUGCCAAGUCAGUAGAGAAGCCCAAAAGAAAAGGAGGCGGCGGCUUUGCUAAAGUUUGCAGCCUCUCGCCGGAGCUUCAGGCAUUUACUGGGGUGACAGAAUUAGCCAGGACAGAGGUUGUGAAAAUGCUUUGGAAGUACAUAAAGGAGAACAAUUUGCAAGAUCCGAAUGAUAAACGCAUAAUAAUGUGCGACGAAUCAUUGCGAUCUUUAUUCCCUUUCGAGUCCAUCAAUAUGUUUCAAAUGAGUAAACUGCUAACGAAGCACAUAUGGCCUUUAGAGGAUAAUGCAGGAGAAUCAGUUAGCUCUAACUCUCCAAAGAAUGGAAAGCAAAAAAUGGAAUCAGAUGGAGACACAGAUAGUGAGGAACCAAAUGAGAAAGAUAAAAAGCAGAGGAAAGAAGUUCUUGCUCCCCUUCCACUUUCAGUUGCUCUUGUCAAGUUCUUGGGUAAUAAUGGAGAAAGCUCGCUGUCGAGGGCGGAUGUGGUAAAGAGAUUGUGGGAGUACAUAAAACAGAAUGAUCUUCAGGAUCCUUCUGACAAGAGGAGAAUCAUAUGUGAUGAGAAGCUGAAAGAACUCUUCGAAGUUGAUUCAUUCGAAGACACGUCCGUCUCAACACUUCUGACCAACCACUUCAUCAACGCCGAACAAUGACUCUUUAGGAAGUGCCAGUUUUGAUAAUGUUUUCCACGUAGGCAAAACCCAGGUCUCCAAAAGGUCGGUUUGAUUUCCUGGACAAAUUUUUUUGGAUCAGUAGAGGUCGGUUCAGGACUUAUAGCGCGACAAAGUCAUUUUGGAUUUGAUUUGGUCUCCUCUUUCACUGGUAAGUUAAAGACUGAAAGGUAUCUCGAUUGUGAGACUUGUAAGCAUUGCGUUUUCUGAAUUUGCUUGCAAGUGCAGCCUUUUUGAGUUCUUUCAAAUGUUUGCCCUUUUGGUAUAUAGUGACAAAAACCAAAUUCAAGGAUAAUAUAUGUUUUAAGACCAA